GUGUCAACGUUACGUGCCGUGCCAAUGCCAUUGCAAUGCAUGCUACUUGCUACUUGCCAGUCUACUGUGCAUUCUACGUAUUUUAUUCGCAUGCAUGCGAUUCUAGUUUUGGGAAUUGUAUAUUCAGAAACGAAACAUUAAUAAAAUUUGAUAAUAAUGUGUGGAAUAUUUUGUGAAAUAUGUUUCUGUGAGAACCAACAAAUAAAGGAUGCCCAAGUGAUGCAGCGCAUUAAAAACAGGGGCCCCGACUGUGUACGAAGCGUAGAAAUGAGUUUGGGUGACGGUUUAACUGCCUUCUUUUGUGGAGCUGUACUUUGGAUGCAAGGCCGUGAGCUAACACCUCAGCCUGUGGAAAAUGACCAAGGAGUGUUAUUAUACAACGGCGAUAUAUUUGAUGACAGUUGGCCCUGUGAUGUUAGCGAUACAACAGUCAUUAUGGAAAUGCUAACCAAGGCUGAGAAACCAACAGACGAAUUUAUUGUUCAGCAACUAAAAUUAUUAAAAGGCCCAUUUGCAAUCAUAUACUAUGAAAAACGGAAUAAUAAGCUAUACUUUCUCAGAGACAGAAUAGGAAGAAGUUCCUUGUUGUUUCACAAAAGUGACAAUACUAUAGUUAUUGGCAACACAUUAGGAAGAAAAUAUGACUGUGUUGAAGUUCCAGCCACACAUAUACAAAUAUUAAAUCUAAGAACAAAUACAGUCAAGCUCUGCCCUUGGGAUGAAGAAUUACAUACCAGCAAAGAAUUAACCAUUAAUGAUUGGACAGAACAACUGAGAAAACAACAGAGUUUACCCGAUGAUGAAUUUUCUUUUGAGUAUACGGAAAAAGAAUUAACAAAAUAUGUAAUUACUUUUGAUAUUUUUAAUGGUUUAUGUCUCUGUCUGCAUGUUUAUUAUAUUCAGAUUUUCUGGUUAUUUCAGGAUGAAGUAGUAGCAUUCAUAGAAUCAACAGCUAGAGAAAUAAAAUGUAAAUCAACACUUAUGAAGAAACUGUUAGAAAACACUAUUAUAAAGAAUACUGUUGUGAAAGUGACGAAGCUAUUGGAAAUAAGCAUUAAUUUGAGAUUAAAUAGACAACCAAAUAAAUGUAAAAAGUGUUUAAAUAAUACAAUACAUAGUUGUAGUCAUUGUACAGUAGGAAUACUGUUCUCUGGUGGUCUGGACUGUACAAUAUUAGCUGUACUGGCUGAUAAGUAUUUACCAAGAGAACAAACCAUAGACCUUAUCAAUGUAGCAUUUAAAAAAGAUCACAAAAGUACAUUUGAUGUACCCGAUCGAAUAACAGGGAAACAAUCACUACAAGAAUUACAAAAACUAUGUCCAACCAGGAAAUGGGUGUUUAGAGAAGUUAAUAUACCAAAAGAAGAAGUGGAAAAAUAUCAAGAGAAUGUUAUUGGGGAUCUUAUUUAUCCUCGAAAAACAAUCUUGGAUGAAAGUCUCGGAACAGCCUUAUGGUUUGCUGCGAGAGGUCAGAGUAGCUUAGAAUCCUCCAGUUGUAGAGUAUUAUUAGUAGGCUCUGGUGCUGAUGAAUUAUUUGGUGGAUACACAAGGCACAAAAAUGCAUUCAAAAGAAAUGGUUGGCAGGGGCUUAACAAGGAAUUACAAUUAGACUGGAAAAGAAUUUCCUUUAGAAAUCUGGCCCGAGAUAACAGGGUCAUAUGUGAUCAUGGCAGACAACCUCGAAUGCCAUAUCUAGAUGAAGAUUUUACAAGUUAUAUUCUUCAAUUGAAACCAUGGUUAAGGUGUUUUCCCAGUGAAGAUUUAGGCAUUGGUAUUGGAGACAAGCUCAUGCUGAGACUGGUUGCCUUUAAUCUUGGAUUAACUGAAGCUGUUAUUUUACCUAAAAGAGCACUUCAAUUUGGCUCAAGAAUAGCAAAUAAAAAAGAGAAAGGAAGUGACAUAUCAAAAACUUUCUUUAAAAAUAUACCUCUGACAACAUAAUUUAUUUUUUUAAUAUUGAUUU